UCGGGGACCUGGCGUUCAGCCUCUCUCCUUGUUGGGCCGUCCCUGUUGGCUCCCAGGGCGGACUGUGGGGAGGGUGGAGACUCCUGGGAGUCAGCUCACUCCUUAAAGGGUUCCCCGGCCCCCGGUCCUCCCUAGGGCCCCGAGGGACGCAGCUGUGGCCAGAGGAGCCGAGUGUCCGCUGUCAUGCCCGAGGCUAAACCAGCGGCCAAAACGGCCCCGAAAGGCAAAGAUGAGGCCAAACCUGCUGCCGAGGAACCCGCUCCCAAGGAAAGCCCAACAGAGGAGGCCCCCCCACAGUCCCCCAAAGAAGCCCCGUCCGAGGAGCAGUCCCCCACUGCCGAGGAGCCCACUGGCGUUUUCCUGAAGAAGCCAGACUCUGUGUCUGUAGAGAAUGGAAAGGAUGUGGUGAUCGUUGAGAGGGUGAACGGGAAGGAGCUCCCAGGCAAACCAACCAUCAAGUGGUUCAAGGGGAAGUGGCUGGAGCUGGACAUCAAGAGCGGGGCCCGGUUCACCUUCAAGGCCACCCAUGACUCCGCCAACAACGUGAGGGCCAGGGACACGGCGACUCAGGACUCCGCGGGGCCGGUCCUAGAAGAAUUCAAGCGCUCGGGUGAAGGGAAGUCCGAAGACGCGGGCGAGCUGGAUUUCAGCGGCCUGUUGAAGAAGAGGGAGGUGGUUGAGCAGGAGAAGGAGAAGAAGAAGAAGAAGGACGAUGAUGACCUGGGCAUCCCGCCUGAGAUUUGGGAGCUCCUGAAAGGGGCAAAGAAGAGCGAGUAUGAGAAGAUCGCCUUCCAGUAUGGAAUCACCGACCUCCGGGGCAUGCUGAAGCGGCUCAAGAAGGCCAAGGUCGAGGUCAAGAAGAGUGAAGCCUUCACAAAGAAGCUGGACCCAGCCUACCAAGUGGACAGAGGCAACAAGAUCAAGCUGGUGGUGGAGAUCAGUGACCCAGACCUUCCCCUCAAGUGGUACAAGAACGGCCAGGAGAUCAAGCCGGGUAGCAAGUACGUGUUUGAGAACGUUGGUAAGAAGCGAAUUCUCACCAUCAACAAGUGCACGUUGGCGGACGAUGCCGCGUAUGAAGUCGCCGUCGGCGAUGAGAAGUGUUUCACUGAGCUCUUCGUCAAAGAACCUCCAGUGCUGAUUGUGACACCCCUUGAGGACCAGCAGGUGUUUGUGGGCGACCGGGUGGAAAUGGCCGUGGAGGUGUCGGAAGAAGGCGCCCAGGUCAUGUGGAUGAAGGACGGCGUGGAGAUGACGAAGGAGGACUCCUACAAGGCGCGGUACCGCUUCAAGAAAGACGGGAAGCGUCACAUUCUCAUCUUCUCAGAGGUGACCCUGGAAGAUGCGGGUCGGUUCAAGGUCAUGACCAACGGCGGCCAGUGCGAGGCUGAUCUCAUUGUGGAAGUGAAACAGCUGGAGGUCCUGCAGGACAUUGCGGAUCUGACAGUGAAGGCCUCGGAUCAGGCCGUGUUCAAGUGCGAAGUGUCCGACGAAAAGGUGACGGGCAAGUGGUUCAAAAAUGGGGUCGAGGUGCGGCCCAGCAAGAGGAUCACCAUGUCCCACACGGGGAGGAUCCACAAGCUGGUGAUCAAUGACGUCCGCCCGGAGGACGAGGGGGACUACACGUUCGUGCCCGAUGGCUACGCCCUGUCUCUCUCAGCCAAGCUCAACUUCCUGGAAAUCAAGGUGGAGUACGUCCCCAAGCAAGAGCCCCCGAAGAUCCACCUGGACUGCUCGGGGAAGACCUCGGAUAACUCCAUCGUGGUCGUGGCUGGGAACAAGCUGAGGCUGGACGUGGCCAUCACGGGGGAGCCCCCUCCUGUGGCCACCUGGCUGAAGGGGGACGAGGUUUACUCGGCCAAGGAGGGCCGGAUGCGCAUCGAGCAGCGCGUGGAGUGCAGCAGCUUUGUGAUCGAGAGCGCGGAGCGGGCGGACGAGGGCCGCUACACCAUCAAGGUCGCCAACCCCGCUGGCGAGGACGUGGCCUCCAUCUUCGUGCGGGUUGUGGAUGUCCCAGACCCCCCGGAGGCGGUGCGUGUCACCUCAGUCGGAGAGGACUGGGCCAUCCUUGUCUGGGAUCCGCCCAAGUAUGACGGGGGACAACCAGUCACCGGGUACCUCCUGGAGCGGAAGAAGAAGGGCUCCCAGCGCUGGAUGAAGCUGAACUUCGAGGUCUUCCCGGAGACGACCUACGAGUCCACCAGGAUGAUCGAGGGCGUCCUGUACGAGAUGCGGGUCUUUGCUGUCAAUGCCAUCGGGGUAUCCCAGCCCAGCCUCAACACCAAGCCCUUCAUGCCUAUCGCGCCCACAAGUGAACCCCGGCACCUGACAGUGGAGGACGUGACAGACACCACCACCACCCUCAAGUGGAGGCCCCCAGACAGGAUCGGGGCGGGCGGCAUCGACGGGUACCUGGUGGAGUACUGCCUGGAGGACUCCGAGGAGUGGAUCCCCGCGAACACGGAGCCCGUCGAGCGCUGUGGCUUCACCGUCAAGGAUCUUCCCACAGGAGCCAGAAUCAUUUUCCGGGUCGUUGGGGUCAACAUCGCAGGGCGCAGCGAGCCGGCCACUCUGGCUCAGCCGGUCACCAUCAGGGAGAUCGUGGAGCAACCCAAGAUCCGACUCCCCCGCCACCUGCGCCAGACUUUCAUCCGCAAAGUCGGGGAGCCCAUCAACCUCGUCAUCCCCUUCCAGGUGCGUGGCCGGGGUCAGGGGCGGGGGACAUGGGAGUGGGGGGCAGGCCUGAGAGGUCAGGACAGGACAGGAGGCGAGGGUGGACACUUAGGGGCCCUUGGGCUGGCCGGUAGCAACCACCUCCUUCCAGAGAAGGCAGGGCCCCCCGUGAACGUGACGGUGAAGGAGGUGUGGGGCACCAACGCGCUGGUGGAGUGGCAGCCCCCCAAAGACGAUGGCAACAGUGAGGUCACCGGGUACUUCAUCCAGAAAGCCGACAAGAAGACCAUGGAGUGGUUCAACGUCUUUGAACACAACCGCCAAACCCACUGUACCGUGUCCGACCUCAUCGUGGGCAACGAAUACUUUUUCCGGGUUUUCAGUGAGAACAUCUGUGGGCUCAGCGAGUCCCCCGGCGUCACCAAGGACCCGGCCCGGAUCCUCAAGACGGGCAUCAGCUGGAAACCGCCGGAGUACAAGGAGCAUGACUUCCGGAUGGCUCCCAAGUUCCUGACACCGCUGCUGGACCGCGUGGUGGUGGCUGGCUACACUGCUGCUCUCAACUGCGCCGUCAGAGGCCACCCCAAGCCGAAGGUGGUCUGGAUGAAGAACAAGAUGGAAAUCAGGGAGGACCCCAAGUACCUGAUGACCAACUACCAGGGGAUCCUGACGCUGAACAUCCGCCGCCCGUCCCCCUUCGACGGGGGCACCUACACCUGCCGCGCGUUCAACGAGCUGGGGGAGGCGCUGGCGGAGUGCAAGCUGGAGGUCCGAGGUGAGAGCGCGUGCCCUUUGCAAAGCUACGGGAGUCAGACCCGCGGGGCGUCGGAGGGCGGGGCGGGAGCACCGGACCAGCCUGGGGCGUGUCCCAGGGGAGUUGAAGGGCAAGAAAGAAGCGAGUGAGGAGAGCUUAGCAAGUGACCGCUGAGGCCUCCAGUGGGAGGCGGGUGGACACAAACAUGGGUUAGGGCAGAGGCCCUGGGGCUGUGGGAGCCCAGAAACACGCCUCCCUCCUGCACAGGCU